UUUGCAGGGGGGAGGAUGAAGUGGCGGUUUUCCACAUGGUGGCAAGACGUUCCAGGCCCAACCUGUUUGUCUGCUUCAGGAGGAGUAUCCACCUGCCUGACAUGUGCUCCUCUCAGUGACAGCCAGGUGAGCUGCCAGCACGGACUCAACUUCAACCUGGAACGGCCGGAUGGAUCCCCAGGUUUAGAUCUACAAACAACCAUUAAAAAUAUGGCAACACAUCGAAGGGGGCGGAGCCUCUCUGAGGCCUUGACCCUGGACGAGUUGGAGAACGGGGCGCUGGUCAUUUCCAGUGCUACCGAUUCCUCCCACAACCUGAAGAAAGGAGAUGAAAUUUUGGGAGCAACAAUAAAUUUUAAUCGGCUGUCAAAAGAGGAGGUGAUAAAAGUGCUGAAACUGAUGGAGCCAUUUGAUGACAAGGUCAAAGUUCUUACCAGAAGCUGCCUGAGCAAGAGUGUUGACAGUUUGGACCAGUGUGCCAGAAAUCCAGAGGCAAUGCUGACGGAUUCCUAUACUAAACUCUACAAUGCCAAAAUAAAGAGGUUUGUGAAAGAUGACUCAUCUGCUGGUGGUAAAGCUGCUUCAUCUAAGGUCAACCUAAAGCGUGACAUGGGGCUGCCUCGGUUUGGAGUUGAUUUUGGACUUCUCAAAUCCACAUCGUUGAGUGUAGAUGAUGGUGCAGAUGCUGAUGCAGAUUCUGAGUUUGAAGUCAGAGAUCUGGUGGAUGGCACCAAUAUGAACCUUCCACCACUUGGUGGCAAUUUGAAUGGACCUACUGCUGGUAACACCCUAGUGCCAAGACGAAGACUUGAUGCUAGAAAUCCACAGUCACAUGUUGGAGACUACCAUUUCUCUGGGACAUUACCAGAUGAUUUAAAUGGCAUGACUGCAGCUGGUGGUCUGAAAAUGCCAAAUCUUGAAAAAGUUCUGGAUACAGGAUUGGGCUCAAAAGGUUCAGAUGAGUUCCUUCCAGAUCAUGAUAUAGAAGUUAUGGGACCAGAUGGAAUGUCAACAGUUCCUAAAGGUAAACUCAGUCUGAAGCAUUCCAAAAGGCUGAAAACCCCAGAUCUAAAUUUAGAUGAUCCAUCUAGUUUCGUGGAAUCACCAAAACUUAGGCUUUCUGGGACAUUACCUCAAAUGGACCUAGGAAAUGUCAAUGUGGAUACUCCGUGUGGGUCAGUCCAGUUGCCUAAUAUGGAGUGCCCUGGUGAAAGUGUGGGUGCUGAUAAAAAAAUUGAUUUUAGUGUUAAAACCCCUAAGAUAAAAAGUGGCAUGUCUGCAUCUGAUACUCAUUUAUCCAAAGUUGACUGGAAGGGAAUAAAUUUGGCCACUGAUACUCCUUCUGCUGGUGUCACAAGUAAAACUGGAAAGUACAAGGCUCCUAAAUUUACAAUGCCCAAAUUUGAUUUGCCAUAUAUUCAAGUCCCAGAUUUAGAUAUGGGUAUUUCAGGUCCAUCUGGGAAAUUUAAAAAGCCCAACUUAAGCAUCCCUGACUUGAGCCUUUCAGGUCCAAAGACAGGUGGUCUGAACUUGGACCUGGGAUCACCUGAUCUUAAUGUCUGUGCACCUAAUUUCAGAGGUGACUUCAAAACCCCCAAACUAGACCACAGUGGCCUAAAAACUGACUUAGAUAUGCCUUCAGGCACCAUAAAAAUGCCCGAAGGUCCUUCUGGAAAACUCAAGAUGCCCAAAACCAACCUUUCAAGUACAUUGCCAAAAGGACCAAAUUUAAACCUAGAUGCAGACCUCAAGUCACCAGAUUGGAGUCUCAAAACACCAAAGAUCAAGGGUGGCAUAAAUGCUCCUGAUUUGGACUUGCCAGACAUGGACCUUAAAGCUCCCAAAUUUGAUGUAAAUACACCAGAUGUCAACACACCAACAGGAAAGCUUAAAAUGCCUAAAAUGAAAAUGCCCAAAUUUAACUUCCCAGGUAUCGAAGGACCUGAACUUGAUGGUAACCUAAAUGGUCCAAAUAUAGAUGUAAAUGCACCUGAUCUAAACCUUGAAGCACCUAAAGUUGAUCUAGAUUUGAACAUGCCUGAUCUGUCUGGGAAAUUCAAAAAGCCCAACCUGACGAUGCCUGACUUGGGUCUUUCAGGUCCAAAGAUAGAUGGGCCCAACUUAGACAUGCCGUCAGGAAAGCUAAAAAUGCCUGAUGUUGAAGGUCCUGAUUGGGAUGUUAAAGGUCCAUCAGGGAAACUCAAAAUGCCAAAAAUGGACUUUUCAGGUACAUUACCAAAAGGACCAAAUUUAGACUUAAACGCAGAUCUUAAGUCACCAGAUUGGAGUCUCAAAAAACCAAAGAUCAAAGGUGGCAUAAAUGCUCCUGAUCUGGACUUGCCAGACGUGGACCUUAAAGCUCCCAAGUUAGAUAUGAAUACACCAGAUGUCAACAUUGGAUCACCCAAAGGAAAGUUUAAAAUGCCUAAAAUGAAAAUGCCCAAAUUUGGCUUCCCAGGCAUCAAAGGGCCUGAACUUGAUGGCAACCUAAAUGGUCCAAAUAUAGAUGUAAAUGCACCUGAUCUAAACCUUAAAGCACCUAAAGCUGAUUUAGAUUUGAACAUGCCUGACCUGUCUGGGAAAUUCAAAAAGCCCAAGCUGACGAUGCCUGACUUGGGUCUUUCAGGUCCAAAGAUAGAUGGGCCCAACUUAGACAUGCCGUCAGGAAAGCUAAAAAUGCCUGAUGUUGAAGGUCCUGAUUGGGAUGUUAAAGGUCCAUCAGGGAAACUCAAAAUGCCAAAAAUGGACUUUUCAGGUACAUUACCAAAAGGACCAAAUUUAGACUUAAACGCAGAUCUUAAGUCACCUGAUUGGAGUCUCAAAAAACCAAAGAUCAAAGGUGGCAUAAAUGCUCCUGAUCUGGACUUGCCAGACGUGGACCUUAAAGCUCCCAAGUUAGAUAUGAAUACACCAGAUGUCAACAUUGGAUCACCCAAAGGAAAGUUUAAAAUGCCUAAAAUGAAAAUGCCCAAAUUUGGCUUCCCAGGCAUCAAAGGGCCUGAACUUGAUGGCAACCUAAAUGGUCCAAAUAUAGAUGUAAAUGCACCUGAUCUAAACCUUAAAGCACCUAAAGCUGAUUUAGAUUUGAACAUGCCUGACCUGUCUGGGAAAUUCAAAAAGCCCAACCUGACGAUGCCUGACUUGGGUCUUUCAGGUCCAAAGAUAGAUGGGCCCAACUUAGACAUGCCGUCAGGAAAGCUAAAAAUGCCUGAUGUUGAAGGUCCUGAUUGGGAUGUUAAAGGUCCAUCAGGGAAACUCAAAAUGCCAAAAAUGGACUUUUCAGGUACAUUACCAAAAGGACCAAAUUUAGACUUAAACGCAGAUCUUAAGUCACCUGAUUGGAGUCUCAAAAAACCAAAGAUCAAAGGUGGUAUAAAUGCUCCUGAUCUGGACUUGCCAGACGUGGACCUUAAAGCUCCCAAGUUAGAAAUGAAUACACCAGAUGUCAACAUUGGAUCACCCAAAGGAAAGUUUAAAAUGCCUAAAAUGAAAAUGCCCAAAUUUGGCUUCCCAGGCAUCAAAGGGCCUGAACUUGAUGGCAACCUAAAUGGUCCAAAUAUAGAUGUAAAUGCACCUGAUCUAAACCUUAAAGCACCUAAAGCUGAUUUAGAUUUGAACAUGCCUGACCUGUCUGGGAAAUUCAAAAAGCCCAACCUGACGAUGCCUGACUUGGGUCUUUCAGGUCCAAAGAUAGAUGGGCCCAACUUAGACAUGCCGUCAGGAAAGCUAAAAAUGCCUGAUGUUGAAGGUCCUGAUUGGGAUGUUAAAGGUCCAUCAGGGAAACUCAAAAUGCCAAAAAUGGACUUUUCAGGUACAUUACCAAAAGGACCAAAUAUAGACUUAAACGCAGAUCUUAAGUCACCAGAUUGGAGUCUCAAAAAACCAAAGAUCAAAGGUGGCAUAAAUGCUCCUGAUCUGGACUUGCCAGACGUGGACCUUAAAGCUCCCAAGUUAGAUAUGAAUACACCAGAUGUCAACAUUGGAUCACCCAAAGGAAAGUUUAAAAUGCCUAAAAUGAAAAUGCCCAAAUUUGGCUUCCCAGGCAUCAAAGGGCCUGAACUUGAUGGCAACCUAAAUGGUCCAAAUAUAGAUGUAAAUGCACCUGAUCUAAACCUUCAAGCCUCUAAAGCUGAUCUAGAUUUGAACAUGCAUGACCUGUCUGGGAAAUUCAAAAAGCCCAACCUAAACUUACCUAAAUUGGGUCUUUCAGGUCCAGAGAUAGAUGGGCCCAACUUAGACAUGCCGUCAGGAAAACUAAAAAUGCCUGAUGUUGAAGGUCCUGACUGGGAUGUUAAAGGUCCAUCAGGGAAACUCAAAAUGCCAAAAAUUGACUUUUCAGGUACAUUACCAAAAGGACCAAAUUUAGACUUAAACGCAGAUCUUAAGUCACCAGAUUGGAGUCUCAAAAAACCAAAGAUCAAAGGUGGUAUAAAUGCUCCUGAUCUGGACUUGCCAGACGUGGACCUUAAAGCUCCUAAGUUUGAUAUGAAUACACCAGAUGUCAACAUUGGAUCACCCAAAGGAAAGUUUAAAAUGCCUAAAAUGAAAAUGCCCAAAUUUGGCUUCCCAGGCAUCAAAGGGCCUGAACUUGAUGGCAACCUAAAUGGUCCAAAUAUAGAUGUAAAUGCACCUGAUCUAAACCUUAAAGCACCUAAAGCUGAUUUAGAUUUGAACAUGCCUGACCUGUCUGGGAAAUUCAAAAAGCCCAACCUGACGAUGCCUGACUUGGGUCUUUCAGGUCCAAAGAUAGAUGGGCCCAACUUAGACAUGCCGUCAGGAAAGCUAAAAAUGCCUGAUGUUGAAGGUCCUGAUUGGGAUGUUAAAGGUCCAUCAGGGAAACUCAAAAUGCCAAAAAUGGACUUUUCAGGUACAUUACCAAAAGGACCAAAUUUAGACUUAAACGCAGAUCUUAAGUCACCUGAUUGGAGUCUCAAAAAACCAAAGAUCAAAGGUGGCAUAAAUGCUCCUGAUCUGGACUUGCCAGACGUGGACCUUAAAGCUCCCAAGUUAGAUAUGAAUACACCAGAUGUCAACAUUGGAUCACCCAAAGGAAAGCUUAAAAUGCCUAAAAUGAAAAUGCCCAAAUUUGGCUUCCCAGGCAUCAAAGGGCCUGAACUUGAUGGCAACCUAAAUGGUCCAAAUAUAGAUGUAAAUGCACCUGAUCUAAACCUUAAAGCACCUAAAGCUGAUUUAGAUUUGAACAUGCCUGACCUGUCUGGGAAAUUCAAAAAGCCCAACCUAAACUUACCUAACUUGGGUCUUUCAGGUCCAGAGAUAGAUGGGCCCAACUUAGACAUGCCAUCAGGAAAGCUAAAAAUGCCUGAUAUUGAAGGUCCUGAUUGGGAUGUUAAAGGUCCAUCAGGGAAACUCAAAAUGCCAAAAAUGGACUUUUCAGGUACAUUACCAAAAGGACCAAAUUUAGACUUAAACGCAGAUCUUAAGUCACCUGAUUGGAGUCUCAAAAAACCAAAGAUCAAAGGUGGUAUAAAUGCUCCUGAUCUGGACUUGCCAGACGUGGACCUUAAAGCUCCCAAGUUAGAUAUGAAUACACCAGAUGUCAACAUUGGAUCACCCAAAGGAAAGUUUAAAAUGCCUAAAAUGAAAAUGCCCAAAUUUGGCUUCCCAGGCAUCAAAGGGCCUGAACUUGAUGGCAACCUAAAUGGUCCAAAUAUAGAUGUAAAUGCACCUGAUCUCAACCUUAAAGCACCUAAAGCUGAUUUAGAUUUGAACAUGCCUGACCUGUCUGGGAAAUUCAAAAAGCCCAACCUGACGAUGCCCGACUUGGGUCUUUCAGGUCCAAAGAUAGAUGGGCCCAAUUUAGACAUGCCGUCAGGAAAGCUAAAAAUGCCUGAUGUUGAAGGUCCUGAUUGGGAUGUUAAAGGUCCAUCAGGGAAACUCAAAAUGCCAAAAAUGGACUUUUCAGGUACAUUACCAAAAGGACCAAAUUUAGACUUAAACGCAGAUCUUAAGUCACCUGAUUGGAGUCUCAAAAAACCAAAGAUCAAAGGUGGCAUAAAUGCUCCUGAUCUGGACUUGCCAGACGUGGACCUUAAAGCUCCCAAGUUAGAUAUGAAUACACCAAAUGUCAAUAUUGGAUCACCCAAAGGAAAGUUUAAAAUGCCUAAAAUGAAAAUGCCCAAAUUUGGCUUCCCAGGCAUCAAAGGGCCUGAACUUGAUGGCAACCUAAAUGGUCCAAAUAUAGAUGUAAAUGCACCUGAUCUAAACCUUAAAGCACCUAAAGCUGAUUUAGAUUUGAACAUGCCUGACCUGUCUGGGAAAUUCAAAAAGCCCAACCUGACGAUGCCUGACUUGGGUCUUUCAGGUCCAAAGAUAGAUGGGCCUAACUUGGAUUUGGGAUCACCUGAUCUAGAUGUCUCCGGACCUAAUCUAUCAGGUGGAAUAAAAAUGCCCGACAUCAAUAUGCCUAAGGCUAACUUUAAGACCCCCAAACUAAAUCUCAGUGGCCCAAAGGCCAACUUAGACAUGCCGUCAGGAAAGCUAAAUAUGCCUGAAAUCGAAGGUCCUCACUGGGAUGUUAAAGGUUCAUCAGGAAAGCUCAAAAUGCCAAAAAUGAACCUUUCAGGUACAUUACCAAAAGGGCCAAAUUUAGACUUAAAUGCAGAUCUUAAGUCACCAGAUUUUAGUGUCAGAGCUCCGAAGGUCAAGAGUGGGAUGAAUGACUCUGAAAUGCCUGAUGUAGGGUUUGGAAGCCCAUCAGGCAAUCGUAAAAAGUAUCCUUUGAAAAUGCCCAAAGUUGGAUUUUCAAGUUCAAAGUUAAAUGACUCUGAUCUUGAUAUUCCAAAAAUAAAAGGUGGACUUGAUUCUCCCAACCUGAGUUUACCAAACAAAGACUUCAGAUCCUCUAUGCCUGAUUUUGAUGUUCCAGAUGUUGAUUUUGGUACUUCACCAUUUAAAUUGCCAAACUUGAAAAUUCCUGAUGUGGGAUUUUCUAGUCCAAAGCUAGAGGACCCUAAACUUGAUUUCACAUCACCAGAUUUUAAUGCUAAAUUACCAAAGGGACAAAAUCUGAGAUUAAAUCCACACCUCAAUUCUCCAGAACUGAAUCUCAAAGCGCCAAACAUGAAAGGUGGAGUCAACUCCUUUAAGGUUGGUGCACCAAACGUCAACCUCCAAGCUCCCAAGUUGGAUAUUAACAAUCCAGGUGGCAAUGUUGGUUUAUCUGGUGCAAAUGUAAAAAAGUCCCAAAUGAAGAUGCCAAAAGGUCUCAAUACUAACUUAACAAGUGACCUUAAAAUGCCCAAUAUAUCUGGUAAUAGUCCAAAAGUAUUAGGACCAAAGCUGAGAGAUUCUGAUUUUAGUUUGCCAGCUUUAGAUCUAGCUGAAUAUGAAAUAAAUGGUCCAAAGCUGAGUGCAAAACAACGUAAUUUGAGAGUAAAUGGCAACAUUGGACAAUCAGAAAUGGACAUCUCUGACCCAAGAAUGAAAGGAGAUUUAAUUGGUGCUCGCAUGGGUAUGAAUUCUUCUUUGAUAGACAUACGUAGUCCUCAUCUAAGAUCUCCAAAUCUUAACAUUGACUAUGCUUCCAUAAAUGUCAAGGGAGCCUCGUAUAAGAAUCGCAGAUCAGAUAUGGCAGGUAUGAGUUUGAAAAGACCAGAUUUAGAUAUAGAUCAAGACAUUCGACUUUAUAAAAAGUCUACUAAAACCAAUGUGAGGUCCAGCUACCCUGCAGUGGAUCAUGCCUUACACCAAUACAUUGAUUUGAACCAUUCAGAUCUCAACAUUGAUGAUUUCACAGGGAGAGACCAUGUGCUUAGAGCUAGGGGUUCACAACCAGAUAUCCGGGGACAAUCUAAACAUCAACAAUGGGUCCCGUCUUCUGGGGUUUAUGUUGACCCCAGAAACAGCAGAGAUCACAGUUUGCAUGGUUUACCUCAAAAUGACCCUGCCGGUUCAGGAGGAUACUUUGUCACUGUUUUCCCCAAACAAGCUCUUCUGAAGAGUAAAUACAACACAACCAGUAGGCUUGGGUUGCCAACAGCAAAAAUGGACCUUGAUGUUCCAGAUGAAAACUACCUAAAGGGCUCAACCUACUUUUUCUCCAACCUUGUAUAGUCACGGGAGCACUUGCAUGUCUCUACUUUUGUAUACUUAAUAUUUUGCUUGAUUUCUUUAUUUAUUGUGACCAUUGUUCCUGUGUGUUCUGUAUAUUUUUGUACAUAAAGCCGUUUGCAGUUUGGUCGAAGUGCAUUGUAACGCAUAUUUUUUUUCAGUUCUUUUAUAAUAUGCUAAAAGAAUUUUUUUAACAUUUUGUUUUACACAAUACUUUCUCAAAAUAUUUUAUGGCAUUUUAAAACUUUAUAAUAGUAUUUUAUUCAUUAUUUAGUUGCUUUGAUGUUGAAGCUCCUGGAUAAAAUUACAUAGUGUUACAUUGUAGGCACAAUAAAUUGUUUACAUUCUAUUUUAAAAAGAAUCAUAAGUUUUAAAUCGUUUGUUGCCUGUUCUCUGUAAUCGAAGGAUCAUCGAAUGAAAUAGUUAAACACAUAUAUUUUCAAAUUUUAGCUUAAACUGAAUUGUAAUUUCUAACAUAAAAUGCAUAAAUGAUGAAGUUAUUGAACUGCUUGAUUUCCCCCUUAAGAACAGAAAAGUAGUUUCUUUAUUAGUAUGGCAUACAGUUCUGUCCAAAAGUCAUGGCAAUGAUAUAAAUGUAUUAUGUAGCUUUUGUACCAUUUUCACAUCUCUGGUUUAUUUUACAUGUGUUCACAUUUCCUGCAGUAUACAGAAUAAUUAAAAAUCAUAAAUAAAAUUCCUUCAUUUUUA